CGCUGUGGUUGCAAGCAUGUCGGGCCGCUGCGAGGAUCACAAACGUUCACUUGACGGAUGUGGUGUUAGUUGGAGGCCGAUACCAACCUUGGCGAAGGUCAAAAGGCCUUUGUCGACGUCGGGAGCAACGUAUGUCAUCGCUGGGAAACGCGGGCUUUCAAGGGACUUGUCCUUGCAGCCGCGGGAGAGGGACAGCCCUAGCGAUAACCUUUCUGAAGGCCCCAUUCUGCUCUCCGAUAAGUCGCAGUCAGCGUCAGCCCGCCGAGUUCGCCAGGACUCUCCUGAAUAUGACAAGCCACUUGCGAGUCCUGGUAACACAUCCCGCCCCAACGAUACGCCUCAGCAGCAAGAACGAACGCAAGAAUACGCCGAAAAAUCUUCGCAAGACAGCGAGAGCACUUCAACGCAAAGCAUUUCUAGCGUUUUGUCAUCCUCAAGGAGUAGCAGUACGGGAUCGUCUCCUGUUACAAAUGCAGCUGAGAGGACGGAAUCGGAAGCGAGUGAAAAUUCAGCAAAGGUGACAUCAAGGCUGAAAUCACCGGCUGCUGUGAGUACGGCAGCUUUGUCAACAUGCGUUGAGACGGGAGAGGCUUCGAUUAGGACGGAAAUAGAUGGGGAAGAUGUUAUUGCGCGCAUGCUCAGGGAUUCGCGUCUUGUAGCGAGCAGGAGGCAACCGCUUACGAGCGUGACAAGCCGUGACACGACGGAUGAAAGGGAGGCUAAGAACCGGAACGGGUCGAGAUUCGUUCUAAUACCAAAGAAAGGUUCGAUACAACCAUCCGCAGCCUUGAAAACGGAGCUGGAUGCGAGAUACCUCAACGACUCAGAUGUUUUUGUAAGAGCACUGAAAAAAUCUACUCCGAAAAGAAGAGCCCCCAAGAAGGCGAGCCCGGAGACAAUAUCCUUUGCAGCGACUGCAGGAAACAGCAACGUGGGGACGAGAGAACGUCAUCGCUCAAAAAGGAAGUGUUCUUUAACGCCCAAUUUUCACAUGCGAGAUUCUCCGGCUGAAGUUAAUCUGGAAAGGGGCAGCAGGGCCAUGUCGUUGUCCCUGGGUGUGGUUAAAACGGAAAAAAAGAGGAAUUCCCAAACGAUAGGGAAAGAAAAGUUUGACGGAACCGAGGACGACUGCUCUUUCAACUCAGCGAAAAAUUUGCAGCGAACUAACUCGCCCGGGACCUCCUGGGGGAAGGCAGAGACGGUGGUGCGUAGCAGCUACAAGAACAAAACGUGGGAAUAUUCGGAGGCUGAAGACCUGCGACCUGAAGAUCCGAACAAUGCGCAGCCGAGAAAUGUGGGGGAGGAGGACGUCAGACUAGUGCAGAAGAGAAAAAUAUAUUUGAAAGAGUGUCUUUUAUACCCCCUCGCCAUUUGCCUCCUGUUGACCUUCACACUUGCUGGGGCCUACCUAUUGCUACCGAUGGACCCAUCACGCUGGAAUAAAGCCAGGCGCUUGGCUUCUGCUGUCUGCGUCACAUCUGGCUGCCUACGAGACGCAUUUUACCUGAGAAACCUUCUUUCGUGGGAUCGCUUCGACCCUUGCGUCGACUUUUACGCCUUUGUGUGUGACCGCUGGACCAGUCAGUACACCGCAUCGACGCCUACUAGUUUCCCACAAACCUUUGACGAUGACUACGCUGCGUUUCUUGAAAGCAGAAUACAUUCAAUGAUGAAUAACAAGUCCCUGGAGUCGGACAGCCUUCGACCCAUCAGACACCUCUACGGCGAAUGCACAAGCAUCGCGCGGACCGAAGAUGAAGGCUGGGACUCGCUCCUAGAGCUCAUGUUCGACGUGUCGCUAGAGGGAUUCCCGCUGACUCCGCCAGUUCGAAGCAGUAAGUCUGUCUGGGAGGUGGCUGCCAAAGUGCUGCGAAAGACCGGAGCCAGCGCUCUUUUUGCUGUUGGUGUUGCUGCUUACCCGGUGAAGGAUGUUGGUCAAGAUUUCCUGUCAGUGGAGCUUCCAGAAAUCUUGACAGGCCGUGACAAUAUUGACACUAACGACGCUGUUCGCCUGUAUACCGAAGCAAUGUUCUGUGCGCUUAAAGUUCUCAAGAAGGAAUACCUGCCACCGAUGCAUGCCCUCAGCGUAGUGAAGUUUGCGAGCGACUUAGAGAAGCUUGUUCAUCAGGUCGCUCUGACAGGAGGUAGAAGACCUCUUUUGGAAGCCUUAAACACAUCGUUGGAGCUUCAGGAUUUUUUUGUCGAGCUCCUUCGAGGAGUUGAAAACGUUCAUUUUAGUGGUCCGGGAUCUGAGGUGGUCUUGCAGUUUCCCUUCUUGGUAAAAGACAUACUCAGUCUUGUCCAGGAGACGGAAGCCCACACAGUCAUGAACUAUCUCGGUAUUCGUCUGAUAGCCGAGACAUCGCCCUUCCUGCCUCACACUGAAAUAGUCGACUUCAAGAGCACUCUGCUUUACGGCAAGCGUCAACGUGACGUGCUCCGCUGGCAGCUUUGUGUCCGCACAGCAGAGAAGGCGCUGUCCCCUUUGGUUCUCGUUUCUGUGCUCGAAGAAUUUAAGGUGAUUGCAUCUCCUGCAUUACUCUCAAGGGUUACUCUGGAAAUGUUCCAAGGAAUCCUGCAUGAAAUAAAUACAUCAUCAUACUUCGACGCCGACUCAGAACAAGCCACUCGAGGUUUUCUGUCCACGACUAAUCUCCGUAUCCUCCGCCCGGACUGGAUCAACGACGCUGCCCUUCUGGAACAUUACAUUCUUGGUCUUCCUCCUACGGCCAACAGAAGCGGCCUUCAGUACUAUGUGGAAAGCCAGGAGCACACUUUGUUGGCGUCGCUUGCACGCAAUUCGUCGCAGCGCUGGGCACGUCCUGUGUUCACCACAAACUGCUGGACCGAGCUCACACCGCCGACGAUUUAUGUUCCACUGCUCGCUUUCAAUAUCACCCAUGGCUAUGGCGGAAGUGUUGACGAAGAGCAGUUGUUCUCACGCGUUGGUCCCCGCCUUACGGAGUGCAUCCUCGAUUUGGUAUUUGAUCACGCCGCAGCCACGACAAACAACAGUCAGCCCAGGCUGUCCAACCAAAGCAACGCGCGGUUGCUCAGCGCCGAGAUGUGUAUGAUAGGCGACUAUGUUGGGCAGCCGAUGCCUCAAUAUAGGAGAGUGCGUGACAUUCUGGCAGUCCACUUCGCCUACGCCCUUUUUCGCAAGAGAACCAGGGGCAAAGCUGAGAUGUUGGACCUCGGUGGCGACAAGGUCCUCUCUAAGCAUCAGCUAUUCUUUGUCAACAUCAUGUUGGAGGCGUGUGAAAUGAAGGCGCAAUUAGGCAGAACGCGCUCGAAAGCCGGACAAGACUGGAUCACGGCCCUUCGUAAUGCCAACGACUUCGCUGAUGCGUACGGUUGUCGCCUGGGAUCUCCAAUGAACGCUAAGAAAAAGUGCAUGCUGUAAAAUGCAAUGUCUCCUUCGAGUUGCUUUUGAUAUAGAAUCAAAUAAUUUGUUACGACUGGAAGAAACUUUCUAGUUUUUAUUUAGAUUUUUACGAUGAUUAGGCUACGCCAAAAUGUUCUGUACUUGAACUUUAAUGAUCUCAAAAAUGUAUGUAAAGAGUGUGUGCGGAAGAGGAUGGGGGUUGCAUUGCAGCUGCUACAGUAUACGUAUAGUUCUUCGUUAUUUGAAUUGCCUAUUGCGUCGGCUUGGCCGCCUUAUGCCUCGUAUCAUGUGUGGUCCAAGCGAUUGUGACGUGUUUGUAUACCCGGAGUUCACUAGAUGAACGUAUUUCUUUCGGUGCUUCUAACUGGAAUUUCGUGUCACACACGCUCACAGUUCUUGUCAAUUAGACUUCAUGGCGCUGAUUAGUUUUGUUAAUGUCUUUCAUUCUUCUGUUGCCGUUUUAGCGCAUUACCUUUGCACAAA